UUUCACAACUAGAGUGCCUCAUAGACACUGAACAUAUUGGUUCUCCAGUACCAAAUGUGUUUUCCAAUUUAAAGGAGCUGACACUAAAAUUAUGCUCAACAUUGGUUCUGUUUUUGAUUUGUCAACUUCUCAAAGUCUGCUGCAGCUAGAAAGGUUGGUAAUAUAUCGUUGUGAGCAAUUGAAAAACAUAGUUACUAAUGAAAGGAAAUCAGAUGACAAGAGUUGCAACAUAUUGUUUCCAAAGCUGAAACAAUUGGGGCUAUUUUAUGUGCCAAAUUUCAUCGGCAUAUUUCCAGAAUCAAAUGAUUUAUUUGAAGGGUCAUCUCAUUCCAUUUCAAAGCCACAAACACAAUUGGAGGUGGAGCCUAUCAAAUCCAAUAAGUUCCCAUGGAGUCAUGUGUGUUGUUAUGGAUAUAAUAAUAAAUUGAGGGAUAGCAGUAGCAGCACAAGUACUAAGAUUCCAAUCCCAUCGGUAUAUGAGGAUCAACCGCAACAUUGCUCAAUCUCAUUGGAAUCGUAUUGUCUUUUAAGGCUAUCACAUGUCAUGUGCAAUUUUAAACGGAUAGAACUGGGGAAUAUUCCAAGGAUAAAAUCAGUGUUUACGUUGUCUGUUGCAUCAAAAAUGUUGUUGUUGGAGAGCUUGUCUAUAUUUGAAUGUGAUGAAAUGGAGCACAUAGUAGUAGAUAAUGGAGAUGGCAGUAGUACUGGGGUCAAUAUUGUCUUCCCAAAAUUAAAAGGGCUCCGUGUUUUUAACUGUAAGAAAUUGGAAUACAUAUUUGGAAACAUUAAUGCUAGUGAUCUUCAUAACUACCUUCAUCUUCCAGCUUUGAUAUCUCUCGAUCUUGACAAUCUUCCAAGUUUAAUUGGCAUGGGUACCAAAAACUAUCACACAAUAUUGUCACACUUGGCGGAAAUUACAAUCAAUAGAUGCCCCAAGGUUGAUAAUAAAUCUAUUGGUGAUUUUGUUUAUUCAAUGUCAAAAUCUCAGGACAGUACAACCAUUAAGGAUUUUAGUGGAUAUGACUUGGAACUUCAUCUUGCUUUGCAACAACUCACGGCAACAAACUCUAAAUUUCAAUGCAUCUUUUAUCUCGAUGAAAUAAAUGGACAACAAAGGAACUUAGGAUUGAAAGAGAUUGAGUUGGAUAAUUUGGCUCAGAUGACAUACCUUUUUGUGGGUCCCAGAAAUUGUUUUUCCCUCCAAAACUUAUUGAAGAUAAAAAUUGUCCGAUGUGAAAAAUUGGAAAUGAUAUUCUCCACAUGUGUUUUAAAAUGUCUACCACAGUUGCUUCAUCUAAUAAUAGAUGAAUGUGAUAACUUGAAGUAUAUCAUUGAAGAUGAUGAUGUGGAGAAUAAAGAAAUAUCAAAUUAUCAUAUGUCUCCAAUUAGGACAUGCUUUCCAAAACUGAAAACACUUGUUGUCAGGAAGUGUAACAAGUUGAACUAUGUAUUUCCAUCCUCCAUUUGUACAGAGCUACCUGAGCUACUGUUUCUCGUAAUACAAGAAGCAUGUAAGCUACAGAAAAUAUUUGGAGGAAGUGAAGAAAAUGAUCAAAAAGUUGGGAUUCCAAAUCUACGUAUUGUAGUAUUUGUCGAACUACCAAGCGUUUUCCAGGAAAUCCAAUCUCAAACUAUAAAACAUCGUUUUGUACACAAUUGUCAAAAACUCUCUUUGACUUCAACUUCAACAUCAACUGACGUUUUAUCAACUCUCGAGUCCACUUGUGAUGAACAUAAAUUAGAUUAUGAUUUGAUGGCAUAUAUGGGGAGCGUGAAGGAAGAAUUAGAAGAACAUUUUAAAGCCGAAGAUACAAGUGGCGGAAAUCUAAAUGGCACUGUGAUUCAAUCAUCAACAUCUGGAAAUGAAAAUGCCAUUGAAGAUGUUGAUCAUGGUGGCUCUCAAGAAAAAACUCAGACUAAUAAUAAAGCGGAGCCUUCUAAAGAAGAGUCUGAAUCAACAUCAAGGCACGAGUUGACUUCUACACAGGAGUUGAUGAAUCCAAAACAGUCAGUUGCAGAAAUUGAUACUAAUGUCAAACCUUCUCAUGAAAAUAAUUUGGAGGGUUCAACGUCCGGAGAAACAGCAGCAGGAACUUUGCCUGCCAUUUCAGGAAAAAAGAAUGAGCCAACUAUACAAAUAGAUAUUGCUCCUAAACAAAAGAUAAAAAUGAAACAAGAAGCAGAGGCAAAGCAUGAAUUUGUCGAAAAGGUUCCUGAUUUAGAGAUACCACCAGUAGCAAUAUUACCAACAGACUCAAAAGUAUUAAUGAAUGAACAAUCAAUGGAUCAACAAAUGAAGACACAACAGUCAGAUGCAGAAAUCGAUAUUACAGCCAAACAUUCUCUAGAAAAUAAUUUGGAGGGUUCUACGCCAGAAAAAACAGCGGCAGGAACUUUGUUCACCAGUUCAAGAACAAAGAAUGAGCCACCUAUACAUUUAGAUAUUGGUCUUAAACAAAAGGGUACCAUGAUAAGUGUUGAAGAAGGAACUACAUCAAUUCAUGAUAAAAACAUAACAUUAUCAACUCAUCCAGAGUUGAUGAAUCCACAACUGUCAGUUGCAGAAAUCGAUACUGCCUUCAAACCUUCUCAGGAAAAUAAUUUGGAGGGUUCUACAUCAGGAAAAACAGCCGCAGAACCUUCUUUGUCCACCAUUUUUGAAACAAAGAAUGAACCACCUAUACAAUCAGACGUUGCUCCUAAACAAAAGGGUAUAAAGUUAAGUUCUGAAGAUGGAAUUACAUCAGCUAGUGCCAAGACAAUAACAUCGUCAACUCAUUCAAAAUCAGCUAAUUCGUUAGGUCCGACGGCUACAUCUUCACUUGAAUAUGGUGAUGGCCAAAUAGUUGUAGCUUCUCCUCCAAUUUCCUUGACAAAGACUCUUACCACUGAAGAUGUUGAUGUUAAAAACAGGAAGGAAACUAGUAAGACUAAUGAUGAUCAAGUUUCUUUAAAUGAUGAUGCUGUCAUGAAAGUAAGCUCAACUGUUGAGCAUCAAACUCCUUCUAUGCUACCCAAAGGGGACCCUUCUCAAAUAGAUGAAAAGGAAGAUGGUGAUGACCAAAUAGCCACAACUUCUUUUUCCAUUGCCACUACAGAGACCAAUAAUCAAGUUUCUCGGAAUGAUGAUGCUUUGAAGAAAGUAAGCUCAAAUAUCAAGGACCAGUUUCCUAAGAAUAAUGAAGAAACAGUUUCCAAAUCUCAUGUUCCAUCUCAAUUUCCCUUGGUUCCUUCUAAAGGAGACCCUUCUCAAAAAGUAGAAGAAUUAAGUUCUUCUUUGCUUGUGAUGAGGGAGCUUGAGCAACUGGUCACCAAGAAGCAUUUGGAUUAUGAGAACUUGUCUUUGUUGAAUGAUUUCCUUGUAAAUCAUCCUUCAGUUCUUUUAAGGGACACUUCACUUAGUAAUAAAUACAAGGGCUAUGCUUACAACUGCCUUGCUGAGCUAUUGAAAUUCCUCAAAACUCAUAGCGUGUUGGAAGUAUUGGGCUCAUGCAAAACUGAAUUUGUGGAAUUAUUACAAGAUGCACGCAGCUUUGCUUUUGAUAAGGAUUGGUUUGAUGGUAUUGAGAGGCGCACUUUGUUUCCUGAUUUACAAGUCUCUCAAGAUGUACUAAAAAAUCUAUCAGUUUCUAAGCAACAAGUUACAAAGGAUGUUGAAGUACUGCGUUUGAAGAUAGAGGAUCUUAAACAUCAACUAACAUCCUCUGAAGCUGUUUUGGAGAAUAUCAUUCAACAAGAGGCAUCUUUAAGCGCCCCUAUUGGAUACUAGACUAUAUUUUCUUGUAUUUUCAUUUCUUCAUUGAUAACACCAUACGAAUUUCACUUCGUAAACUUUUAUCCUUCAGUAUUGAUUAUUCCUUGGAUAUGAAGUUUCGUCAUUUCUCAUCUGAAAUGAACUAAACCGUCUUAUUAUGUUUGUAUAUUUAAAACUAUUAUUGAUUGUUUGUAUACACACAAGUAAGAGGACUUAUUAUUGUGAGAGAUGAGAGGAUCAAUUGUCGACCGUUAAAUUCAUAUCAAUGGAUAAGAUUAAAUCGGUCAU